UAUAUGUAUAUGUAUAUGUAUAUGCAUGUGUCUAUAGACUUUUUAUAACCUACAGUUAAUUUAUAUGUUUUGUAAAUUUUACGCAAUUCAGCUUUUUGGGCUGCGAUGUAAAAUCUUAUUAAAUAAUCUAUAAUCUAUCUAUAAUCUAAUGAAAUCGUCCCGUAAUGUGUUUUUGUCUUGUUUCGGGCUUCAAUCCGAAUAAAAAGAAAGAUGAUGGCGGUGGUUGUAUUAAUUAUGAUAUUUCUUCAGGGCCGUUGUUCUUGGUUCAAUCCCAGUCAAAAGAAAGAUGAAGAAGAAGAGGAGGAGGAAGAAGAAGAUGAAGAAAGAGAAGAACCGGAUGAACCUGAACCCGAAGUUGGUCCUCCCUUAUUGACUCCAUUGUCUGAAGAUACAGGUAGAGUAUGCCCUCGCGUGUUAACUGUAUUAGGUAACGAUCUACUCGCAAUGGAAGUCAUGGAAGGUUGUUUCACUGAUAUCAGGUUGUUCAAUUCAUUAGUCAUUCACCCCACAAAUUCAGUCAGUAGCUUUGGAGAAUGAAUAGCCAGGGGGCCUACCAAUCAGGGGGUUAUGGGAUGGUCCCAUAAUAAUAAUCAUGUCUUAUUCUAUCUGCAGAUAUCGAUGGUUUCCCAGCAUGGACAGCCGUCAGGGCACCAAGUCUCGUGCCACAACACUCUGUGGCUAUUUUACAUAGCAAUCUGUGGCCCGGUGGCCAUUGCUUUGCCGUUGAGAGGUUGGUCACUUUUCAUUCGGAAUAAAUAUUCCAUUGUUAUCCAGUCACUCAUUGUCUUUGAGAGCGCCUGUUCUGAUCUUAUCUUGUUUCCUAGAAAAUUCGAGAACGUGUACGUUGGCUGGGGUCAGAAGUACAGUUCCGAGAACUACAGUCCGCCAGCACCACCCACACCUCAAGAGGAAUACCCAAGCGGGCCCGAAAUCACCGAGGCAGACGACCCGACAGUCGAGGAAGAGAAUGCGUUGCGGGCCGCGCAGCAGGAGGCAUUUGAAGAGGCUGAGGACGAGGGUGAUGACGAAGACUAUGAUGAUGAUGAUGACUGAGGAACAGUAAAGGACAUUUUUGGAUAAUUAAAGGGAAUGGCGCCACUAUUAUUUAACAUAUAUCUUUGGUGGCCACUUUAAAGUAAUAAGAUUUAAAGGAUAGCAGAACGGUAUAAAUAUUGUAAAUAAUAACCACAUCCAUACACACAACGAAAGUUCAGUAUUGAAGCGGUCCACUCUCGUGUUUCUCUCCUCCGCAGAGGCUUGCAUGAAGUUUCUAGUGAGGGAAAAGUGAGCGAUUUCAAUCUUCCCAUCACUCCGCGCGCGCUCACCUUUAGACAGGAAACUUCAUGUAAGUUAUUUGUAAAUACUUAAGCGGAGGAGACAGCUCUCGUGCCGUGUACCUCACUUCUGGGAUUACUGGGUCAUAAAAGCCAUUUCUUUUGUGCUGAAUUUUGAACACACCUAGCCUCCGCAGGUAUCUCCUCAUGGUCAUCUGGAUUUAGAAAGUCGGUGGAGAUGGCCACUAAUGUUAGUUGCCCACAACCCAAUUCUGCCCGUCAAUCAAAGGCGAUGCUUGCGGUGGAGGCUCAGUACUACUUAGCUCUACUCCCGGUUUGGUCUUAAAUAUACACAUAGUUUGCGUUUGGUUCCUCUUAUACAGAGACUUUUAUCAUUUUCUACAUUUAUUUUAUUUAAAAUAACAGUACAGUAUCAUACAACUACAAACGUUUGGAGUUUACAAAUUACAUUGAAAGUUUAUAAGAUCAACUUUACAGAUCUGGAUGUUAAAAAUAUUGACAAUUGUUUAUGCGUGCAGAGAGUGUCAUUGCAAACUUCGUGCGAGAAUGGCUUCCAAACUUUUAUAUUCCAGUUUGUUCUAUCUGAUCACUCUCUAGAUCAAAUCAGCCACUAAAAAUGAAACAAGUUUGAAUCAAUUAAAUGUGUACGACUGUUGUAAUGUUCUCCCUAUUGUCACUAACUUUAUUUAUAUACAUUGUCUGGAUUUUACUCUAACAGUUCUAGACAGUUCGCCCUAGAGGUCCAGUAUGGGCCAUUCCUUGCUACAGGAGGAAACAAUAGUACCCAUAGCAAACCCGCAGUGUUUGGUAGAAUCAAACUGGAAGCACUCUUCUCAAAAUCAGACAAGUGCAUCUUACCGUUCAUUGGCAUUUCAUCAAUCUGCGUACUGUAGUACUGCUCAAUAUCACGGAGAAUUCGAAUAUCGUCUGAUUUCACAAAGUUAAUUGCGACACCUUUACGACCAAAUCUCCCGGAACGACCAAUUCUACAAAAAAAUUAAAAUCAAAAGUACUUUUCACGAAUCGUAAUUGGUCGGUUUCAAAAAAUAUUGUCUCACUCUGAUAACUGCAGGUUGAUGACUAUCUAUGAAACCAUGGAUUGUAAAAUAACGUUAUUUAAUAAAUUGUCCACGGUGAAACCAAGCUAUUCUAUUAGUUGUCUACCUGUGGAUAUACAAUUCACGAUUGUUAGGCAAAUCAUAGUUGAUGACCAAAGACACUUGUGCAACGUCUAACCCUCGAGCCCAAACGUCCGUUGAUAUUAAUACUCGGCUUUGCCCUGCCCGAAACUCUUUCAUAAUUGCUUCUCGUUCUUUUUGAGGCAUGUCACCAUGCAUAGCCGACACUGUGAAGUUGGCUUCUCGCAUUUUUUCCGUUAACCAAUCAACCU